GGGUUCCGGUGUGCGCAAGUGGUGCCCACAGAGUGAUCGCCUAUUUGUAUGGCAUUAGGCGACGCUAGCAUAGCGUUAAUGCCAUAGCAUUGAGUGAAUUGACUCAUUCAUAGUUGGGAUAAAUCCAGUGAAACAUGUCGAGUGCUUUUGAUGAUCGGAACAACGGACCCCGCGAUGACAACCGGUCUCGCGAUGGAGACGACAAUCACGAAUACGGUGAGGACAGGCCUACCGGUAUGGACCCGGACGGCGUGAUUGAGAGUAAUUGGGAUGAAAUUGUGGCCAAUUUUGAUGACAUGAACCUCAGAGAAGAGCUUCUUCGAGGUAUCUAUGCUUACGGUUUCGAGAAGCCGUCGGCCAUUCAACAGAGAGCUAUCAUUCCCUGCAUUAAAGGUAUGGAUGUGAUAGCGCAGGCACAGUCGGGAACGGGCAAAACGGCCACCUUUUCGAUUGCCAUUCUUCAGCAAAUCGAUACUUCACUUAACGAAUGUCAGUCCCUUAUUCUGGCGCCCACUCGAGAGCUCGCACAACAGAUCCAGAAAGUGGUGUUAGCCUUAGGCGACUACAUGAACGCCCAGUGCCACGCCUGCAUUGGCGGCACUAAUGUGCGCGAAGACAUCCGGAAGCUCGAGAUGGGCGUCCAUAUAGUGGUCGGCACUCCCGGACGCGUCUACGAUAUGAUCACGAGAAGGGCUUUACGUCCGGAUCACAUAAAGAUCUUUGUCUUGGAUGAGGCGGACGAGAUGUUGUCCCGUGGUUUCAAGGAUCAGAUCUAUGAUGUCUUCAAGACAUUGAAUCAGACAAUUCAGGUGAUCCUAUUGUCUGCGACAAUGCCGGCGGAAGUGCUGGAAGUGACCAAAAGGUUUAUGAGAGAACCCAUUCGUAUUCUCGUGAAGAAGGAAGAGCUGACUCUCGAGGGAAUCAAACAGUUCUUCGUUCUGAUAGAACGGGAGGAAUGGAAAUUUGAUACGUUAUGCGAUUUGUAUGAAACGCUUACUAUAACACAAGCCGUGAUUUUCUGCAACACUCGAAGGAAAGUGGACUGGCUCACUGAGAAGAUGCAACAGCGAGACUUCACGGUCUCCCACAUGCACGGAGAUAUGGAGCAAAAACAACGCGAAGUAAUUAUGCGUGAAUUCCGGUCGGGUUCGAGUCGAGUGCUCAUCACUACCGACCUCCUGGCCCGUGGUAUUGACGUACAACAGGUGUCUCUCGUAAUCAAUUAUGAUUUGCCCACAAAUCGGGAGAAUUAUAUCCAUAGAAUCGGAAGGGGCGGUCGGUUUGGUCGUAAGGGAGCGGCCAUUAACUUCGUGACAGUGGAGGACAAGCGGGCCCUCCAUGACAUCGAGCAGUUCUAUAACACACAGAUAGAGGAGAUGCCGCUCAACGUCGCGGAUCUAAUCUAAUUUAAAUUAAUAUAAACUGUCACUCAAUUUGGAUGUGUUUAUACUUUUAAUUAAUUAUUUUAAUUAACGAAAGCCUCGAAACCAGUCGUAAUAAGUUUAUAAAAGCUGUUAAUAUUUUCCGAUUUAAUGUUUUUUUAAAUUUACGACUCGUUUCGCACUUUCAUUAAAAUUAAAUAAAAAAAUGGGAAAAUUAACAAAAAAUUAUUAACUUUACAAAUCAUCACUAAAAAUAUGAUAUAAAAAUCCAUUCGAUAAAGUGUUUUGUUUUUUGCGGUAAA